UCUAGAGGAGCAACGGCAUGGAGAACAAUGGGCAGUCGAUGUCGAGUGCCGUGGAAUGCAUGAUGCAUAGCUGGCUCGACGCCUGGCGUUCCCUCAACGGGGACUGUCUUCUGAUAACGACAACCGCGUGGAGAUUCAAGAAUUUGAUCUUUUUAGCUGCCAAGCAAAUCUAUUGCUAUGAAAUGAUAUUGCAGGAGCGAAAGAUUGUGAAUGAUAGUUUCAUCAAGUGCAUCACAACUGCCGAGGAGAUCUCCAGCAAGCGGCGCACAAGGCAGUCCAGGCUGAGCAAUGAGAACCAGCGAAUGCUCCGGCAAUUGCUUUGCCUAAAGGGCGAGCUCUCCGAACGGCAGAAGGCCCUGGUCAAGACCAAGCUGGAGUUGCACUGUCUCCGUCAAAGGCUACGCCAGCAGGCGUUCAGGACAAGUCGCAUGGCCUCGCGGCUGGAGGAAAAUAAAUUGUUGACCGAAAAGCUGUUGGAACGCAACGUCAAGUUGAACGAGCGGACCAGGGAAUUGUUGGAACUGUACAGAACGCGUGCGCUUAUGUUUGUCUAUAAGCUAAUUGGCAUGACGCAGGAGCUGCUUGCCACCAAAACCAGGUCCAAGGCAUUCGCAGAUGCCAGCGCGCAUCUGAAGAGUAAAAACAAAAAGCUGCAAUUGCGCCAAAGAAUGCUUAUCAACAAAUACACUACGCUUGUCGCUCAAGCCACAGCCCCGAAGGAUGCACAGGAUGCCAAUUAUGGACUGGUUCACAUGGCGCUCCAUUAUAUGGCCUGCCUGUGGGAGUGCGUCUCGAGCCUGGGUCAGUGUCCAAAGCUGGAGGGACCAAAUCGCCGUUUUCAGUGGGCUCUUUCCUUAAUAUAAACAACGAGUACUUUUACAAUUCAACCUUAUUGUCAAUUGAAUGCAUUAAAAGCAAUUUUAACAGCCUG